UUGAUUUCACUGUAGAAAGGGGUAUUGGGUUUCAUAGUUUGGUUUGAUUUUGAUUUUUGGUCUCCCAGAGGGGACAAUAUAGGGCCUCGAGAUCGGGAUCUGUCCACUUCUUUCCCUUGAUCCUUUUCCUUUUUAUCUGGGGAAAUACCAGGCCGGUAGAAUCUGUAAUAUCAUGUAGCUUAGUUUUGUAGAUUUCUUUCCUUUUGGAAGAACGUGAAUUCCCUUUCUAGUUUACUGUUCAACUUAUUUUUUGGUCCUUACAUUUUCUGUGUUUGUGUUAAUGAUACUUUCUGGCAUUCCUGCAUUAGUCAACGGAGAGAUGCUGUCACUUACGACCAUAGAUUUUCUUUUCCUUUCAGAUCUUUCUGUUGUGCAUUCUCUCGAGAGAUUUUGUAAAUGGAAUUUUAUUUCUACAACGAUUACUCUCUCAUUUUAUUGUUUUUUCUUUUUAAAGUGUUAUGCGAGUUUUGAUUUCUCUCUUUAACUUUUGAUGUCUGAUGUCGGAUCAUUUUUCAUUCAUAAUAGUUGGACUCCUCUGGUUUUUCCUAUUUACCUCUCUAUUAUUAACUGUUCUAUAUUAUUGUUGUUGUUUCCCAGUUGAGGGUUCCCUUCUCAUGCUUUGAUUCCCAAAGGGUCAUAUGUAUUCCAGUAUAUACACAAAAGAGUUCAGGUUGACAAUAUUCAGUUUAACAAGUUGUUGAAUCCAAAUAAGGUACCACAUGUUCAAAUAUUUACCAAAGAUUAGAGUUUAUGCAUGAAGCCAUCUCUGCAUCCCAAGUAAUUUUAUGAUGUGGAGUAAGUGGGUUAUGGUAAAAGGGUUUUUUUAUGUGGCACCAUAGAUUUUGUUUAUUUUGGGAAGUGAACACUCCAAUCUUAUUAAGCAUGAGCUCAUCUCUGCAUCCUACAUUGACGAUGUGGAUGAUCACCUUUUCGAGCUCACAUCCAUGUCUGGUUUAUUGCUAUUUUAUCUGAUGAAUAGCUGCCGUUUCAUAUUUCAUAUUUAGGAGAAGAAUAAAAGAGUCAAAUAAGACACAAGAGAAACCUCUCUCCUUAUUGUAGUGUAAAUCCAUUGCAUUGUCUGUAACUCUUUAUCCCUUGACAAUGAAUAUUUUUUGUAUUUUGCAACCUUUGUUUAUGUAAUUUUGGAUGCAGUCUGUGAAUCCCUUCUGACACCAAUGAAAGAUAGAGGGUUGACACCUUCAAUUGUUCUCAUGGGGCUUCAUUGUAUCCUUAUACCUUCUAGAACCUAUCAUAGAUUAAGGGUUAGGGUGCCUUGGUGAAAAUCAGUGUUUUCAAUUUGGAUUUUAAAUUCAUGUUCUUUUUUUUUUUUUGGUAAAAUAGUGAGAAAAUGUCAACUUCAAAACAAGCAGUUAAUGAGACUGCAAAAUGGAGCCAAGCAAAUGUAGACACCCUUAUUGUUCUGAUGGUAGAGGAAGUUAAGAAAGGAAAUAUGACUACUUCGACUUUUAAUAAAGCUGGUUGGAACAACAUUGCCAAUAACUUCAAAGAAAAAACUGGGGUCAACUAUGCCAUUGUACAGUUGAAGAACAAAGUGAACAAACUGAGGCAGGAUUAUAGUCAGUUUAAGAAGCUAUUGGAGACAACUGGUUUUGGUUGGGAUACUGCUUCAAGAACUUGUACUGUUGAUGAUGAAUCCAUCUGGGAAUCGCAUAUUAAGGAUAACCCUACUUGGGCACGAUUUAAGAAGCACGGACUACCACAAUGGCCAGAACUAUGUAUGGUAUUUGGUGAUACAUAUGCAGACGGCGAAGGAAGUGGGACUCAAACAACCAUGUUGGAAACUUUGGGGGCCAAUGAUGCUAGGAAUAUGAUUGAGUCUUGUGAUGAGUCAAGUUCCGCUGAUGAAGUUACUCCAUUAGGUGACACUCAAACUGAAGCAGUGGAAAAAAGGCCAGUUACUAAGCAUAGGCAUGAUAGGACUCCAAAUGCGAAAAGGAGGAGGAGCAAGUCUAAUGAUUGGUCAAUGGCAUUCAAGGCAAUUCAAGAUAUUAGUAAAUCAAGGGUAGAACGAGAUGCGAGCAUGUCCACUGCUUCAACCCAAAAUGCGGAACAGAUGUAUGGGAUUACUAGGGCCAUGGAGGUGCUUGAGUCAGGAUAUGAGUUAGAUGAAGCACUAUACAAGAAAGCACUUCGGAAGUUAAUGGUUGACCCGCAAUGGAGAGAAGCAUUAAUUUCCUGCCCUCCUCAUCGGAAGUCAAUACUCCUUCGUACCCUUCAGUAGUUUGCUUCUUGAAAAGUUCUUUUAAUUAGAUAGAUUGAUAACUCUACUUGGAUUGUGCCUUGACCCUACUUUUAACUUUGAUGGUUUGCUAUGUUUUCCUUCACUUUUUAAGAUGUUAUGGAUGACUAUGUCUUGACUUUUUUUUAUAACUGUAGUAUUUGAUGUCCUGAAUAUUUGAUCAUUGUACCUUGACACUACUUUUAACUUUGAUGGUUUGCUAUGUUUUCCUUCAUUUUUUUUAAGGUGUCUUGGAUAUUUGUUCAAAA